AUGGCCACCCGGUCAUACACACCUCUACGGAGGUCGCUGACGCAGCUGUCUGCUCGUAGCACUCGCAUUGCUGGUCGUAGCACCAGGCCCUCAUUUCGCGCAUACUCUACUGAGCAGAAGCCGCCUCAGACAAAGCCUUUCACCGUCUGGCGGCCCUACUUGCGCCUCGCCUUUGGCGUGCCAUUCAUUGGCGCAAUCAUAUACUCAAUGAUGACAGAAGAUGUCACGGAACUUGAUGCCCCAUCUAUCGCCGAAGUGGAUGAGGCUUUGAAACAAUCAUCUAAAAUCAACGAGCACUCGCCGAUGCGGUUACGGAUGGAAAAGCUCAUCAAGCAGCAUCAACAGAAGAUUAUUGAGGAGCUCGGCAGAAUUGACGGGCAGGAAUUUAAGACAGAUACUUGGUCGCGUCCCAAUGGCGGCGGGGGCGUCUCAUGUGUGCUGCAGGACGGAAAUGUCUUCGAGAAGGCAGGCGUCAACGUUUCCGUGGUGUACGGCAAAUUGCCUCGGCCAGCCAUUGAGAAGAUGCGUGCCGAUCAUAAGUCCUUCGUUGGCUCGGAUGUAGAGUCGCUGGACUUCUUCGCUGCUGGUCUCUCGCUCGUCUUGCACCCACACAAUCCCAUGGCCCCGACUGUCCACCUCAACUACCGAUACUUCGAGACCUCGGAUCCCAAGGACCCUAUCAACGGGGACAAGAACUGGUGGUUCGGAGGUGGCACAGAUUUGACCCCGACCUACCUCUUCCCAGAGGAUGCUCAGCACUUCCACAAGACCAUUAAGGAUACGUGCGACCGCCACGACGCUACAUACUACCCCAAGUUCAAGGCCUGGUGUGACAAGUAUUUCUACAUUCCACACCGAGGUGAAUGCCGUGGUGUCGGAGGUAUCUUCUUCGACGACCUCGACGCCAGCUUCCUCCAGCCAUCCGCCGGCUCAUCCUCCAACCCCCAGGAGACACUGUUCUCGUUCGUUUCGGACGGUCUUGCAUCUUUCCUCCCAUCAUAUGUUCCCAUCCUUGAGCGACGCAAAGAUAUGCUUUACACUCCGGAACAAAAGGAGUGGCAACAGCUCCGACGGGGUCGCUACGUCGAGUUCAACCUUGUCUAUGACCGCGGAACCAGCUUUGGCCUGCGCACACCAAAUGCCCGCAUUGAAAGUAUUUUGAUGAGUCUUCCGCGCACCGCAAGCUGGGCCUACAUGGACCCUGUCUCUGGCACGAGGACGGAAGACAUGUCAGUUGGCGAGGAAGAUGACCUAGCGGAGGAUAAGACCAAGGAGAAGGAACUCAUGGAUGUGCUGCGACACCCCCGGCAAUGGGCUUGA